ACAGCAAGAGCACGGCAGGAACAUUCCAGAGCAUGUAAACAGCAAACUCAUAGGGAACAUGGAUUAAAGAUCACAGAGAAUGCAGAAACACGGAGGGAAAAGAAAGCCAGGGGAUAGCCUACAGAGAACACCAAAAGCGAAGGUAACAGGAACAUAGGGAUACCAUCGGAAAAUGUGUCAUAACUACCUGUAUGUCCCUAGUCUGUGUUAUUGUGGUUGCAAAAACUAAAUUAAAUACGGAUAUUAAAGAUUGUAUCCAGCUAUGGUGGCUCCACAUGACAGGAUAUUAAUUUCUUUAUCAGGCAUCAUUUUUUCAUUAAAAAAGAAAAGAAAUAGACUAUGAUGUGUGUUUCCUGUCUAUCUUUUUGUAUUAGAACAUGCUUUUGGUAUUAACUCUAACUCGAGCAGUUUACCUAUUGUAAUGUACAACUUUAAGUAGCCUAUCCAGCAUGACAUCCAAUACACUGUAUCCAGAAUUACAUUUUUGAAUUGCUAUUGAUGAUUAGACAUGUAAUUGUUCUUGAUAAUAUUUUUUGUCAUUUGAUAUUUAUAAAUAUAGUAGGGCAUUUGAGUAACAUAUUUUCCAUUCAAUAAUUAAUAUCAAUCAUUUAUAAUAGUUCAGUAAUGGAUUCAAUGUGAACACCUACCUCACGCUUUUGGUGUGAGCUUUUUACGCCCUCUUCAGCUCCCUCAUGGUAAGGCAUCAACUUCUGAGCCCUGCCCAGUGCCGACUGACUAACCUACACUCAGUAGUUAUACAGCUAACAAACCACACAGGCUCCGAGGAAUAAUCCAAGGAGACUCAAAGUAUUUUUUCAAAGAUGCCAUAUGUUCUGAUCAGCACAUUACUGCGUCUGGAGACAGGUCCAACCAUGGUUGGUGAUGAAUCCUCCGACCCCGCUAUCAUGAACUACCUGGGAGCCAAAAAGACCAAUGCAUUGGGUAACAACUUUUCUGAGUACCAUGUUGAGGAGCCUCCCCGGGUGGUCAUGGAUAAACUGGAAAAGAUGGGCUUCUCUGUGAUCAGCAUGACUGGUGUGGGACAAACCCUGGUCUGGUGUCUGCACAAGGACAUCAGCCCUAUGUGACGGAAGCUUCAGUCAAAUGCCACUAGAGGGAGCCACAGCAAUUCCCCGUAGGGACACCAUCACAAAAGCACACCUGUUCUUCUGAGCAUGUGAAACCUUAAUCUUUACUGUUUACUCCCAGCAUCUAACUCAAGCAAGUCAGCAAAUACUGUAUAAUGUAUGCAUGUCUAAAUUGCCUGUUACUGACAAUUCAUAUUUCUAAUUGGAUUACGUUUAAUUGUAUAUGUAAUACUGUACUUGUUUCGCUUGUAGCCUACACAGUAUAGUAGGUAGUGCAUACAGUAUAGUACAGUCAUUUGAACUAAAACACUGUGUUAUAUGUCAAUGUAAUGUCAUGUAGAUACAGUCCAGUGACUCUCUAUUGGAGAAUCCUCCAGAAAAUACCAAGGUUGAGUGCAGAUUACCAUCCAAACCUUCAUCUUGAACCUUUUUACAGAUGUUUCCCCUACAAGGACAAAUAAACUGUGUGGAUUUCAAUGGAUGAGAACAAUAAAUCUAAUUAGCACAUCACUGCAUUGGUAUUUUGUUGCUCAAGAAUGUUUGAGAGAGGAGCAUUUGACUUUAAGCUUCAUGUGUACUUACUACCUCGUUGUUAUGAUCAGUGACCUAUGCUCUUUUGUAAAGCUCUCUCUUGGAAGUCGCUUUGGAUAAAAGCAUCUGCUAAAUAUAUAAAUGUGAAUGUGUACGAUACUUCUUAUGGUAUUUCCUGUCCCCUUUGUUUGUACCAGGAACUGGUUAUAUUUGGUUUUAGAGGAUGGAAGAGCUGCAUGGCCGACACUUUGUGUUUAGGAUGUGCUGAUCCACUGUGGUUGAGAGAGUACCUUCAAAACAAUUACCUGGUGAAUGUAUUUUGAUUAUAUGACAAAUAAUCACAUAAUCAAGUUCAUAAUCAAAAUAAUUGUAACUUAAACUCAACUGUUACUGUCAUAUGCUAUUGUUCCCAAUGUCAAAUAUAUAUGAGAGUGAGGGCUUUGUUUGCAUGUGUCUUCCACAGUGUACAUGAACCAUGAGAAGAAUGUUGUUAUUUACCAUGAGCCAGGUCAUAGCUCCAUCACACAUGUUUUUCUCCAUGUUUCAAAAUCCCAAGGAUUUGAUGUGUCACAAAUGAGGAAGCCACUGUGAUAAAGAGGGUUUCAACGAAUUCCAGGAGCACAGAGGAUGUUGGAUGUUGGAAGGUUGUUUGGUUACACAUUUCAGCCAAAAAUGUAAGCCGAUGACGGAUAACAACAGAA